CCCAUCUCACCACACCCCAAUUCCUUUGUUAAGCUUUUCUUUUCUUUUCACUGUCGUUAACAGGGCUACUGCCGUUCUCGUCGUUCUCGUUGAUUGCUCAUCGGAUAUUCAGAGCAUCCGAAGAACGGCUGCCCGUGGAUAAAGCAUUCAUUCCUAGGCAGUCGAGGUCUUCAUAGGCGUCUCUCAGCAUAAACACCCCAUGUUGGAUUCCGCCGCGAGGAACGUUGACGACGACGAGUGGCAAGUCGUACUAGCAGACUGGCCGCGGAUUCAUUUUGAGGCAAUCUCCUGGACACACAAUCCUCCAGGCUCUCAUGGGGCCCCAUGCAAAGCUAUCUGUAGACCUCCAACGAAGUCACAUUACCUUGUAAAGCAGACUGAUGGCAACUCUGCGGACUUGGAACAAGAGCUAAACGCCGAACUGGUUGGUGUUUCAAUUGCAUUUGAUGUUCUCACUGCAUAUGAAGCUACAUCCGGAUUCCAUUACAACUCGUGUUUGGACGUACGAGGCGUUGAAUCCACUAGCGCAAACGUCGCAGAUAUUUCUUGCCAGAUUGACGAAAAGGACGUUGCUGCCUGCAAGAAGAACUGGAACGAAAUAGUGCAGAGUUUGACUGGUGACUUCGCGGAGGACAGGGAUACUAGUAGCAGCAGUGGCAGUGACUCGGGCUCGUUAGCGAGUUCCUUGAUGUUUGACUCUAGCGACUGCCUGUAUCCGAAUUAUGUAUCAAUGCCUUCAACUCCAAAACCACAUGCACCUUCUUCUUAUGGUGCUGCUAGAAGCAGUCCGUCGGUUUCUCCGCACUCGAAAUUAAAUGCGUUUGCCUCUUCAUUCACGCCAUCUGGAUCAUCAGUUCCAUCGCUCACCUUCUCAAACAAUGCUUCUCCUCUUACUACUAGAAGCUCCCCUUCCCCCACGCUACACGAUUUUGUCUUUCCUUCUCUCAACUCUACCAAAGUUUCUUCGUAUCCCAAACUCAAGAUCGAGAAAGAUGAUCAGGGAUUUUAUACAAAUAUGGAGGCGGAAACGGAGUUAGUCACCCCGAAAUCCCACAUGCAUCCAUCUACCCUUUUACCUGCUUUUCUACAAGAUGACCAUAUUCGGCGGAAGGGUUUAUCAUCGAAGACGCGCGCGCUUGUAGACCGAUUGCGGUCGAGACAGUCCACUACGACUCACGAAGAAUCUGGAUACAAUUUGAGCCCUAGCCCUGUUGAUUCCGAAUUACACGACUCUCAAGGAACGACAUUUGAUGUUGAUGACAGUGCCAGCUCCUCGUUUUCUGAAUCGCGCUCGAUUUCCGGAGUUCCUUCUCUGACUUCGACAAAUUUAUCGAGCGACACAGAUGGCUGGAUUGGCCUUGAAGAACUUCACAGAUCUUCACCUCCAAAGUCUCGAAAGAGAAAUGGUCCCAAUCUGUCUCUUUCCACCACCCCAAUGCAUCGUCGAACGGGAUCUGGGCCUGCGGCAUUAGAGACGGAGCCGCAAGUUCGGAGCCCCUCCUCUUCGUCUUCGCAGGGACCCGCGUUAUCUUCGUCGUCAUCAUCCUCUUCUUCGAGCAUUUUGUCACCACCCACACCGCCUGUCAUCACGAACAACGAUGGAUGGAUCGAGGUUUCCGAGAUUUCGCGCAAAAAAUCCAUCUCGUUCGUACCAACGAAGAAGCCAUCUAGGGUUUCAAAUAGGAAAAUGGAAACUGAGCCUCUCACGUUCCCAACGUUGAAUGCAACCCCACAAACCAAUUCCCGCUCGCAUACUCGCAAUGCAAGUUCGGCUGGUUCGUCUAAAUCAACGAAAGCGUACAAGUCGGCCCCUGCAGGUGUUCUCCCUCUUUCACCUCCUGCGCCAGCUUCCAAUUACGGUUACUAUGUCCCGCCUGCUCUUCCUGUCGCUCCAACCGUGUCUUAUGCGCCGUAUGCAGUGAAUCCUAUGACGCCAUAUGCGACUAUGAUGCCACAGUAUUACCCUCACCAAUAUGCAUAUCAGCAACAACAUACGCAUCCUCAGCAGUAUCCUUAUCAUCACCGCGGACAUAGCGUUGCGGUACCGUCGAUUGGGACGAUGCCUGCUAGUUACGUGAUACCUAAUGCAACGGCCUCACCGAUGACUAUCAGGCUCGGAAUGUGGUAAUCUGCAAAGGAAAAGUUGACCUUUCCGCUCAUGCAUUGAGUGAUUUUCUGUUUCUUCUGUUGUACUUUUUUUAACUCAUACUGUUCACCAUACAAACCUACAUGUUUUCCUGAUUUUUUCCAAUUCCAUACAUAAUCGCAUCCAUUGAGCAUAAAUCAUCGGUCGUCUUCCUUCACCUUUCUUGUUGUAAGUCAAACUUUUUUGGCCUCUUACUCGAAUAUUCUUGUUGCCGGUUUUACAUUAUUAUAAUGUACAUACGUUCUUAUGCUUGUCUUUCUUAUUGCUGUAACAUUGGAACCACACGUAUGCCUCCUGGCUUUGACCCGGUAGUUUUGUACUGGGACUUCUGGUAGUAGUGGUCAAUACAUAU